GUUUUUUUAAAUCAAUCAUAACGGAAUAAUACUUACUUUAUAUUUUAAAAUUUAUUGAACAUUAGGAAGCAUUGCAAGUUUAUUUGAACCUAUAGGCAGUAUACUAUCGGUGUUCAUCACAGAUCCACUAGGCCGUAAACGAUCGAUGAUUUUGGUCAAUAUGCCACUGGCGAUUGGUUGGUUGAUGAUUUAUCAAGGAGAUGCUAUUUGGAAAAUAUUCACCGGUUGCGCUCUACACGGAUUGGGUAUGGGUUUGAUGGAAGGCCCUCUCGUUACUUACCUCGGCGAAAUAUGUGAACCAUCAACUCGUGGCGUUUUAGUUUCUCUAACAUAUAUUACCGGCACUUCUGGAAUGUUCCUGGGACUUUUUUUAAAUACGAUAAUGCCAUGGCGAUUCAUAGCUGCCGUUUGUUUGGCUUGCCCUAUAAUUACUGCGAUUGCCAUUUGUUUCAUUCCCGAGACGCCUCAGUGGCUGCUCUUCAAAAAUCGAACGGCUGAAGCCGAAAAAUCGCUCCGUUGGCUUCGCGGAUGGGUUUCAAGUAGUAGUAGGAGUGUGGCUCAAGAGUUCCAUGAGUUACAGAAGCAUAACGAGCAAUCCAAAUCGUGUAACACAUGCAUUAAACGCGACCUGAAAUGCACUCAUCCACUGCCAACUCUCAGCGAAAAGUUCGCCGAACUGAAGCGGAAAAGAACGCUAAAGCCACUUUCCAUAACGAUAUUCAUGUUUUGUGUUUCUGGGUUUUCCGGCUUUUACUCAAUGCGACCGUUCAUCGUACAGAUUUUCGAAGCGUACGAAAGCCCACUACCACCAGAUCGAGCAGCGGUUAUGCUGAGUUUAAUAGAGUCUUUGACUUGUGGUUUGUUCACGUGUUUGAUACGCUUCACUGGCAAACGACGCCUUUAUUUAGUCGCAGCAUUGGGAGCAUUCCUCAGUGCAGGGGCCAUUUCUUGCUAUGGAUUCAUUUACUUGCCAAGCGGUUACAUUUCUUUCGACCUAACUCAUGGACCAUUUCACGUGGAGAACACAGGUCUCCGAUAUAUUCCAACGAUAUGCUUGACUUUAUCAAGUUUCUUCUCAUUUUGUGGCAUCAUCUCAAUGCCUUGGAUUCUUAGUUCAGAGAUUUUUCCGAUGAAAUCGCGUGGCGUAGCAAGUGGCGUUACGAUUGCUUUGAACUAUUCUCUUCGUUUUAUUGCCAAAAAAUCCUAUUAUAGUAUGGAAACUACACUCUCACUGCCAGGCAUUUCGUUAUUUUUCUGUGUUGUUUAUGGCAUUGCAUUCGUUGUGACAUACUUCAUCUUACCGGAGACGGAGAACAUCUCGCUUGACGACAUCGAACGACACUUUUCAGACAAUUCGAAGAAAAUCACCGACCGGAAAAUUCGUAAAUCAAACAUGAAGACACCAUCGAAAGAUGUUGAAGGUUCAGUGAAAAUAACUGAAACAUCAUUCGAAAAUGUGGCAAACAAUAGCUAUGGAAUCAAUAAUAAAAGAUACUGAACAUUGAUAGGGUCAACAAGAUUGAGACUGAAUCAA